CUGCCCUUACCUCCCCUCCUCUCUUUCUCCGCGGCCCCUCUCUCGCUCACUCAUUCUCUUCGCCUCGCCCUAUUUCAUUCCGAACUGAACCACACACACCAAACAGGUCAGCAACUUCUUCAUAUCAUUGUUAUGAUUCGUAACGUGACCAUGACUGAGUGUAUAGUAAAGCAAAAUGAGUACAAAUUAAUUAAUUUGUGUCCGUUGUAGAUAUUGAAUUACAGCAUUGUAAAAUAAAUUGAAUUGCUUACGCUCAAAUGAUGGCCUUGAAUGUUGCUCUGGGGUGUCUGCAUUUGCUGCCGUUCGUGUUUGUGUUUUUGUGUAUUUCAAUUUCAUACUGAUCACACUGUUGUAUAUUUCAAUGGGUAUUGUAAUUGAAUAAGUUGAUUUGGAUUGAAUAUUGCGAGGUACUUUAAGUAUUCAAGACUGAAUCAUAGAGGACUGUUUUGCAUCUGUAAUUUUAGUAUUUAUGGUUCAGAGCUUCUUCUCGCUAAACUGUCAAUUUGUAUAUCAUGCGAGGGUAACGGUAAUGCUGUGCAAAUAUUCUUGAUGGAGCCUUUUCAUUGUCUUAUUUUUAGUUGGCAUACUAGUUGCUUAGACUUCUUUGUAAGAUAGCUAUGUGUAGGAUAAUUACUACUGUUGUCCAUCUUUCAGUCUACAGUAAAUAUAGACAUAGUUCUUUAAGAUGUGUAAAAGUGACUAACACAACUCUGACUUAAUGAUAAUAACUUAAGUACAUACAAGUGGAGGCUCCUCAGAGAAUUUCAUAGAAAUAGUGAAACAUUAAACAAAGCUGUCAUUUUUAGAUUAAACUAUACUAAAUAUAUUCACAUCACCAAAUAAUUGAUUAAAACACACUGUUUAGCUAUGAAGGUCUACAGUAGCCUCAACAGCACUCUGUAGGGUAGCACCCUAGUGUAGCCGGAGGACAGCUAGUUUCCUCCUCCUCUGAAUACAUUGACUUCAAUACAAAACCUAGGAGGCUGAUGGUUCUCACCCCCUUCCAUAGACUUACACAGUAAUUAUGGCAACUUCCGGAGGAUGUCCUCCAACCUAUCAGAGCUCUUGCAGCAUGAACUGACAUUUUGUCCACCCAAUCAAAGGAUCAGAGAGUUAAUUUAGUACUGAAAGCAUAAGCUACAGCUAGCUUGCACUGCAGUGCAUAACAUGUGGUGAGUAGUUGACACAAAGAGAGAGAAAGACAAUAUUUAAACAGUUUUUAACAAAAAAAAUCUUCAAAAAUGAAGAAAGAGCGAGAGGGAGAGAGAGAGCUAGCUAUAUUUCGUAGUAUUUUUUUCACUUACUUAGCUAGCUUAGCUAGCUAGAUAGUUUAGCCUACUCAAACACCUGGCUCAAACAGAGAGGGGUGCUAGGUUAGCUAGCUGGCUAUAGCUAUCCAACACUGGAACUCUUCCAAGUAAAGGUAAGCUUUUGGUUUUAUUAAUUUAUUGCCACUGGGGCCCGCCGGUGUAACUGCUAAACUGAUUGCUGACUGUACACUGGACUGCAUGAUUGUAGCAGGUUUACUAAUGCGUUAGUUGUAUUAGCUAUGUUGACUAUGAUGUUAGAUAAUAUAGUGACGGCUGUGUGUAGCAGUUAGUGGUUAUGUUAUGAAGGGUUGGCUUGGAACAUUUUUUUUCCGCCUGGUCAAAGACAGCUAAAGUGUUGUGCACUGAAGUCAGCUAGCGAAGGGAAAAGUUGAGAGAGGAGGAGCACACGUAGAUGCGAGAAGGAAUUACAAUGAGCAAAGUGAUCAUGCUGUUUGUAUGUGGCUGCUAUGAAAGUGAGCUGUGUUUGGCGUGUGAUCGGUUGUAUUCAUUCGGCCGAUUCUGUUGAAAAAUGUUUCUUAAAUGGAAGCAAACAGAACGAAACGGGGAUAAACAUACCCAUAUUUGUCCAAUAGAAACUCUUGUUUUCAACUGUUGGACUAAUGAUUACACCCUAGAUCAGCUAGAUGCAGGCAAGACUGUGCAAGGUGGUAUUGAAUGUGUCACUAUCUGUCACCUUGAUUACAGAACAUUCUCUCAACCUGUGCACCUACGUUGUAAACUUUUAUUCAUAGGCUAGGUUGUAGCAACAUCAUGAUGGGUAUAGGGAAAAUAUGAGUAGCAUUUAGUAGCCUAAACCUAUCGAUGUUACAUUGAGCUGGGUGAAUGAAAUUUGAAUGACAGUCAUCCAAUAUGCUGUAAUAGAAAUAAUAUGCAAUUUAUUUAUUUUUUAACGUAUGGGUGGUCCCGGGGAUCGAACCCACUACCCUGGCGUUACAAGCGCCAUGCUCUACCAAUUGAGCUACAGAGGACCACGCUCAUAAAACAUUUCUGCGUCCUUCCUCAUCUUAAAUGGCACCGACCGCCACUGAUGCACACAAUAUUUGCUAUGAAAGGUGAAAAAGUGUCAAUUUAGCACUCAUUGACGUGCUGGUGCUGGUUCAGACUUGAUAUCCAACCAUGCAGUUGGAAAUGAUUCUGUGCCGCAUUAAAUUGUCCAUCAUAUAGCCGUCAAGAUUAAAAUGAUAUUUGCCAUGUUGUAUUUGAUCAGACUCUAAAUUGAGUUUGUACUAACAUUGUGAUGGAUUAAAGUCAGUAGAUGUUCUUAAAACUCAUUGUUGUUUUUUUCUUCGUUUUUUUCUAGAAUAAGCUGCUUUCUCCCUGCUGGCUUCUCCUCCAUAUCUCUGUUUCCCAACAUCUACCCGGAAGCUUCCUCUCUUUUUGAUAUUUUUGUCUAAUCUAUUCUAUCUUUUAACUAAUUUUUCAUUAUGACCCGCUCAUCAUUGCAUACUUCUUCCAAACCACCUUUUACAUCAAGCUUUCGAUGUCUGGUGUUAAUACCUAACAAUUAAUGAUUUGUGCCGACACAUAAAAAAACACAAAUAUAUAUAUAUAUAUGUUUUCUGCACUGAUAAGCCUUAACAUGCCUUAUUAUUUUUGAUGGUGGGUUUGGUAUGUUUGGUUUAUGAACUGAGUCAUCAGUGCUGCUAAUUCCCAUUUCCCUUAUUUUCCUGUCCUCCCACAUCUUCCUGUUUCCCUCCCUCCAUCCCUCUUGCCUCACCAAUCCCUGUCCACCAUCCUUUCUAUCGCGCCACUGCCACCUCACCAUACAAACCCAUUCCCUGUCUCCUACACUCUCUACCUGUCUUUAUCCAUUAUUCAUCUAAUUUUUUUUCUCAAUCGUAAACAUCUGCAAAGCUAUGUGGUCCACCUUCUUUCUGCACGAAGAGGAUGGCAGGCCAAUUCCACCAGGGGCGGGAGUAGGACCAGGAGCAGGACCCCUGGGACUGACAGGUGUCAUGGGUGGCAGAGGGGCUGGGGCUGGUGCUAUGGGAGUUAAGCGCCGGGCAAAAGCGUCAACAUCAGGAGGCAUGAGCGAGGUCCAGGAGGGCAAGAUCAAGCUGGCGUUCUUCGUGGCCAUCGUGGGUGUGGUGUUGACUGUCUUGGGCUUGGGCACAGAGUAUUGGGUGGAGCUGUCCCCGCCAAAGACCUUCUACAACAACCAGACGUGUCUGGCAGCCCACUACGGGCUGUGGAAAGGAUGCACCCGGACUCUGUGGGUGGCUGACAUAAGCCCUGAGCGAGAGAGCUGUGGGCCGGCUGAACUGCCCGGAGGUGAGUGCUCUGGGGGUGACUGCUCUGGGGCUGCAUGAAUAGGCCUACAUUAUUUUGUGUAAACCAAACGGCAUCCACUCAAACUCAUACAAUCCAAUCUGUACAAAACCACCUAUCAGAAAUCACAUAGACCCAUUUUUUGCAUACCAGCAAAUUGUGUAAACCAAACAGCAUUCACACAAACUCAUACAUUCAAAACUAUACAAAAUACUCUCUUGAGAAAUCCUAUGGACCCUUCUAUGACAGAUUUUAAAGGGGAAGUUUAGCCACAUUUCAGGAUCCCAAAUCUCAAGGCCAGAAGUGACAAUUAUGAUUACUUAGCUAUAGCCCCCACCGUUAGAUACGGCUAGAUAUCUUUGUGUCCAGAAUCCAAUCACUGGAUGCAGGUGUAGACUGUCUAUCAGGUGUAGACUGGGUCACAGAUGGACUGCAAUAUACAUUUACAUUCUGUAGGGAUAGAUGCUUUCCUUAAACUCACACACCGAUUACUCCCAAAUACUGUACUAAAAUGGCUUACUAGAGAGGGCAGUGCUGCAGUAUAUUUUUAUGGUAGUCUAUAUGUUGGAUAAUCUACAUUUAUCAGACUACAAGAUGCCAUAACACUAAUUGCAUAGAAGAGAUAACCUUGGCAUUGUCAUCGAUGUGCAUGAAUGCAUAAUAAUUAGUGUGCAGCAAGCCGUAUGAAUCUCAAUAAAAUUAUGGUGAUGUGCAAGUUGAUAAGGUCUCCCUCCAUCUGUUUUAAAUAAGUUCCUUGUCUCCCCCCAUCUCCUCAAGAAUCUAACUGCACCUACUUCAAGUUCUACACCACUGGAGAGAAUGCCGUCAUCUUCCAGAAGACAACAGAAAAGAGUGAGUCAGCUUGUCCCAUGCCCUCUUUCAACCCAUGUCUCACCUUGCCCACCCACACGCUUUCUUUCUUCCUCGAGUCUGUCAUCUAUAUUUCACUGGGUCAGCCAUUGACUGCAGAGAGUGUCUAAAAUGUAUUCCUCCUACUCCUUUUCCAUUAUAGCAUUGAAGUCAGUAAGACAGUGUUUCUUCAUGGGUCCAUGUGGACAAACUGAAAUCCAGUUUUUUUCUUGAGCUGUAAACCAGAGGUGUCAUGUACCACAUUUAAGAUGGCCAGAUUCUAUAUCUUUGGAUUCGUUAUGCGCAAAAUAAACUAUAUUCUGUAUUUUUAGUUAGUUUCAAUGGGCAUGAUGCCCUACAUGUCAGGAGUGCGACAUUUAACAUUUCUAUUAUCCUCUAGGCAUGUCAGUAACCCCUAGGGCAGCAUUUCCCAAACUCGGUCCUGGGGACCCCAAGGGGUGCACAUUUUGUUUUUUGUCCUAGCACAACACAGCUGAUUCAAAUAAUCAACUCAUCAUCAAGCUUUGAUUAUUUGAAUCAGCUGUGUAUUGCUAGGGCAAAAACCAAAACGUGCACUACUUGGGGUCCCUAGGACCGAGUUUGGGAAAAGCUGCCCUAGAGUAUGUCAGUGAGGGGAUGUACCAGUAUCUGUUAGAAUUAUAAAUGGAUGCCAGGACCUUACCUUUUUGUAGAUUGGCCAUUUUGAAGAUGGUUUCACUUAUGUGGUUACUUUACUUACCUUAGUUGAAUGCACUCGUUGCAAGUCACUCUGGAUAAGAGGGUCUGCUAAAUUACUCAAAUGUAAAUGUACCUGGUGCCAGUGUACUAUGAAUAAUGGAAUGUACCUGUAUCAAGACAAUAACCGUUUCUCUCUUCCCAGGUCUGAAUGUGGCGGCAGCCAUGAUGGCCCUCUUCAGUCUCUUCCUGAUGGUAAUGGGGGCCAUAUGCAUCACCACGGCCCUCAGCAAAGGAGAAUCGUUCUUCCUCAAGCCUGCAUCGGUUUGCUUCAUUCUGUCAGGUGAGUGAGUAGACAUAUGACAGCCAAGGUGACAUACUGUACAUGUAUAACUACAAUGAUAAAAUGUUACUAUUUUGACAUGUCUAAUGAGACCAUGGGAAGAUCUCAAAUGCGUACUCCUCACGUCCUCUCUCCUCGUCUCCUCCUCAAAACCCAUUGGAGGAGAAGGUCAGAGGGGAGAGACCUCUGGCUUUGUCAUCCAAUGGGUUUUGAGAAGGAGAAGAGAGGAGAAAGUUGCGGAGAGUCAGGAGUCAGUUAGGAGUCAACCUGUGCAUGCAGCAAAAAAAAAGCUACCGGUACUCAACACUUUCAAAAACAUAUAGCCGUUAUUCAAGUGUAUCAAGGGAGGGCUCACUAAUUAGAUAUACAGGGCAUUAGUCAUGGCAUCUGUCCAGUCCUGAUAUACUCUGAGGCUCUGGGAAGUAGAUGAGGAAAAGGUCACAGUUAUCGAUACCAUCUCCACCAUCCCACCAGUAAGAUGUAUUUACUAACUCCACACACACCAAGCCCCUGAUAUCGCUCUUUUUUGUUCUUUCUCUCUCUCUUUCUCUAUCACUCUUUCCUCCUCUCUCUUAGGCCUCCUGAUGCUCCUAUCUCUUAUUCUUUUCAACCAAUCGGUCCUCUCCUUCCUAGCCAGUGACCACUCGGUGCCGUUGCAUCACGAGUUGUCUUGGUCAGUAUCCUGUGUUGGGUGUGCAGGGGCCAUUCUUAUUUUGGGCGGAAUCCUCUUUCUCUUGCUUGCACUACCAUUCAGCCCCUGGCGAAAGUGUUUUCCCCCAAAAAAUGAAAGUGACAGCUAGUGGCGAGGAGGAGGUAUUGCACUUUAUCUGUAUCGUCUUAUAACUGUUGAGAAAUGGACAGUAUCCUGCAAUUUUACAUUGAAUCAUUUGAAGUUGUGUAGAGAGGGGUUCAAGUUGUUCAUCGUCUUGAAUGUUUUUUCUCUCCUUAUUUUGCAUAAAUCCGUAGGUCAUUGAAGGGACACUAUACUGCUCUUGACUUAUGAAAGGUGAAGAAUUAACUCAAUGCCUAAUUCUUGGGAGAAUCAAAGGUGUUAGUUGACAGCAAAUGUUUUCUCACAUUGCAUGUGUAAAAUGUUAUAUGCCGGUAUGUUCAAACGUCUCUCCAAGUGUGAAAUUCAAUUGAAUUCAAAAUAAUUUUAAAUGAAUUUAACAAAAACAACAGUUUGCAGUUGUGUAUUGAAUUGGUGAACAUUACUUCUUAAUUAUUUUUGCCCAAACUUUGAUGAUAUUGUGAUCGACAGUCUUAUUAGAGAGUAUAAUCCUAAGGAUAGUAAUUGGGAUUCAGAUGUAUUACAUAGAACAAAGGUACAGUACAAAACGUAUAGAGUUUCUAGUAAAUAAAUACAUGCACAACCCCAUGGUAUUGCAAUGUUUUUACAACUGCCUUUAAUAUACAGAUGUAUAUAUAUCAAAGAGACAAUAGCCUCUAAAAUCCAAAUGUUUUCAGACCUCAAAGGUAAUAUCAAGAUUAGUCUACGUCCCAGGCCAUCAUGUUUUGUAGAUUCAGUUAUAUGCCACAACAUAAAAGUAAUGAACCAUGUAAAUUCCAGAUCUGCGGUGCUUAUGUUAUUCAUGAAUUUGUGUAGCAUCCCUACCGAUGGCGUGGGAUGUGUGGACUCAUAUUAAAUAUUAGACUACUUUCGAGGUCUGAAAACAUCUGACAAAUUUUGAUUUUGCAGUCUAAUGUCCCUUAACAUUUUAGAUACACCAUCUGCUCUUGGUGUGUGGGUGACUAUAUUAUAGAAAUAGCAAUAAAUUAUUAAAGCGGCACUGCCUAAAAACAUCUCUGCCUGAAAGGACAGGCAAUUUCAUCGUAAACCUUAUUAAAGAGGUAAAGUGCUACAAUGUUGCAGCAUUUAGCUACUAACCAGGUAUAUAAGGUUGCAUUGUAAAUACACUAUUCAAAGUCAUAUGAGCCUUCAGUGUUGUAAAUGAAUAACGUAAAAACAUUUCAUGUGUUGAGUGUAACCCAAAUGUCACACGUUUAUACUGUAAGAUUUUUCUUUCAAGAGAGAUACUUGUCAGAGGUAUUCUGUGCAUAUCGGUAUUUCAAUGGGUAUUGGAAGGUGAAUUGUGUCUGUGGUUUUCAUUGGAAAUAAUUGUGUAUGUAAGACUUGAUUUAAUUAUUAAAUGUGAAGACAACAUA